UAACUAGCUCCAUACAAGUGCCUACCUAUUUCCUCAUAGAAGGAAAAAAUGGAGAAGGAAGAGCAGAUUAGGGAAACAUCACAAAGCCAUGUCCUUGUCUUCCCUUUUCCGGUACAAGGUCAUAUAAACCCAAUGCUCCAAUUAUCAAAACGUUUAGCAUCAAAGGGUUUAAAAGUCACCUUAAUAGCCACAUCUUCCAUUGCCAAAACCAUGCAAGCACCUCAAGCAGGUUCAGUCCAUAUAGAAACCAUCUUUGAUGGAUUCGAAGAAGGCGAAAGGACAUCAGAUCUCGAGGAAUUUAUCGAGACAUUCAAUAGAACCAUUCCAGAAAGCUUAGCUGGGCUCAUAGAGAAAUAUGCUAGCUCUCCACAGCCAGUCAAGUGUGUGAUCUAUGACUCAGCGACACCUUGGAUUUUCGAUAUUGCUCGAAGUUCAGGCGUUUAUGGAGCUUCUUUCUUCACUCAAUCUUGUGCGGUUACUGGUUUAUAUUACCAUAAGAUUCAAGGAGCACUGAAAGUUCCUCUAGGGGAGUCUGCGGUUUCACUGCCUGCAUAUCCUGAACUGGAGGCAAAUGACAUGCCAUCGUAUGUUAAUGGUCCAGGGUCGUAUCAAGCUAUUUAUGAUAUGGCUUUUAGUCAGUUUUCAAAUGUUGAUGAGGUCGAUUGGGUUCUAUGGAAUACCUUUAAUGAGCUUGAGGAUGAGGUAGUGAAGUGGAUGGCAAGCAAGUGGCCAAUCAUACCAAUAGGACCCACAAUUCCUUCAAUGUUUUUAGACAAACGAUUAAAGGAUGACAAAGACUAUGGCGUUAGCCUCUUUAAACCCAAUUCGGAUACUUGCAUGAAGUGGCUAGACUCAAAGGAACCAAGCUCAGUUGUUUACGUAUCAUUUGGAAGCCUGGCUGCCCUAGGGGAAGAUCAAAUGGCCCAACUGGCCUGGGGACUAAAAAGAAGCAACAACAACUUCUUAUGGGUAGUAAGAGAAUCAGAAGAGAAAAAGGUUCCACCCAACUUUAUAGAGGAGACAACAGAAGAAAAGGGUCUAGUUGUAACAUGGAGUCCUCAGUUAAAAGUUCUAGCUCACAGAUCAGUAGGGUGUUUUCUAACUCAUUGUGGGUGGAACUCAACACUUGAGGCAUUGAGCUUGGGAGUGCCAAUGGUGGCAAUGCCACAAUGGUCGGAUCAGUCAACGAAUGCGAAGUUUGUCACAGAUGUUUGGCGAGUAGGAGUUAGAGUAGAGGUUGAUCAAAAUGGGAUUGUCACGCGAGAAGAGAUUGAAAAAUGUAUUAGGGAAGUCAUGGAAGGGGAAACAGGAAAGGGGAUGAGGAUGAAUUCUGAAAAAUGGAAAGAGUUAGCGAGAAUUACUGUAGAUGAAGGUGGAAGCUCAGAUAAGAACAUUGAGGAAUUUGUUUCAAGACUUGUAUGCAAGUCCAUCAAUGGUUCUAAAGAGCAGUGAAACUAUUAGGCCCUAAUGAGCAUAAAGAGAAAAUUCAAUCCUGUGGAAUUUCAUGUUGCCAUGCUAAGAAAACUUUAAAUUUAUAUCUUUUCCAUGUGUAAUUUAGGAAAGUAACCAUAUUAAUUACUCUGAGAUUAUGCUAAAGCUCAUUGAUAUAUAAGAUAAACUUUUAGCUUUAA